AUGUCAGAACAAAGGCUUUUUGUUCAAGACGCUGUGCGAUUCAUUCGAUACUACCGUGUCGCGUUUGAAAAUUGCCCCCUUCAACUGUACUCCUCGGCACUUGUUUUCAGUCCGAGGCAGAGCAUCAUACGAAAUGAAUUCCAAAGUCAAGUUGUGAACUGGAUAACAAAGAGACCAGUGGUAGACAAGGAAUGGAGUCUAUGUUUGCAGACACUUGAGGGUCACAGGGGCGAUGUUUACAUCCUCUCCUUCUCCCCCGACGGAACGACACUGGCCUCGGCCUCGAGCGGGAUGAUAUAA